AUGAAUUUCUCAGGUCCAGUCAAGACUUAUCAUACAGACACGUAUCCUGCCAUCGACCCAACUUCUCCACGUCUCUCAACAAAAGGCAAGAAUAUAGUGAUUUCCGGCGGGGGCUCAGGAAUCGGGCGUGAAAUUGCUCGAUCAUUUGCAAAAUCGGGUGCUUCUACAAUUUCCAUUCUGGGUCGAAGAGAGAAGACACUUCUAGAAACGAAGACACAGUUAGAAAAGGAUUACCCUGACACCAAGGCCUACAUGUACGUCGCCGACAUUGCUAAGAGAGACCAACUGGACACUGCAUUCCAGGUAAUCCACUCUGUUGUUGGCGCUAUCCAUGUCUUGAUUGCAAACGCUGGAUACAUGGCAGCUUUCCAGUCUUUCUCGGAAACAGAUCCCGAGGAGUGGUGGAACUGUUUCGAGGUCAAUGUAAAAGGAAACUUCAACUUCGUCACCGCAUUCUUGCCUUUUGCCGCUAAAGAUGCAACUAUCAUCAAUAUCAGCAGUGGCCAGGUAAAUCUGGCAGUAACCCCAGGCUUCUCUGCUUACCAUGCCUCCAAGCUUGCUGCGGUAAACUUCUUCCAAUAUGUUCAUUACGAGCAUCCAGAUUUCACGGUUAUAAGCAUCCACCCAGGUGCCCACAAGACGGAGAUGGACGCAAAGGUACCACUCGGCACUUCCGGUUUUGACUACGAUGAAGUCUCUCUUCCCGGAGAUUCUGUGGUUUGGGCAGUGAGCUCAGAAGCCAAAUUCUUGAAUGGGAAGUUCUUCUGGGCGCACUGGGAUGUCGAUGAGCUGAAGGCCAUGUCCCGCGAAAUCGAAGACACUAACAAGCUUACCUUUGGUCUCCUUGGAGCUCAGUAG